AGCCAGAGAGAGGAGACAGAGAGAGAGGAGACAGAGGGGUCGGUGGGGUGUUUUCCAGUAAAGAAUACUUUCUCUUUCAACGGUCUUCUGAAAAGCGGAAGUGCGAGCACAUUUCAUCUUCAACUCGUCUAACAGAAUAGCGGAAUACUUCACCGAGGGACGUUCCUUGAUAGUUAGAUGGAAAAUGGAGAUUGUAAUUGGUCUACUUCUUUCUUCAUUGUCUCUGUAUUGUGACUUCACCGAUGCUGAGUGCCCUGUGGUCAGUCCUGCCAGGCUGGUGGUGAAGUAUGGAGACCCAGCCUCAGCCAAAUGUACUUCAGAUACCCCUGUACAGAUGGGCUGGGAAGCCACCCAGGGAGGGACGGGUCUAACAGAGGAGGAGGUGAAGUUCCUAAACUGGAGGGUGGACAGUGUGACUGACUGGAGUAACAAACCUAAGUGCUUCACAGAAGGAGGCCUGUGUCAGAAACAGCUGGACAUCACAGUUUAUAAGCUUCCAGACCGUGUCUCCUUCAGCUAUAGGAAGUACCCUGAUCCGAUGGUUGAGGGGGAUCAGUACCUGCUACAGUGUCUUGUCCAGAACAUGGCUCCUAUUGGGAGACUCAGGGUGACCUUCUACAAAGUCAAUACCACUGGUGAACAGACAGAAUUAGACACACAACAGAAACACAAGGACAACAUCAAGACACCAGGGAAUGGGACCUAUACCCUGGACUUCACCCCUAGUAGAGAUGAUGACGGGGCCCAGUUGUGGUGUUCAGCCAUGUUGGAUCUGGGACCAGAGGGACCCCAACCUCCUCCUGUAAUGGAAUCAGACCGCCUCAACAUCAACGUGCACUACAAGCCUCUGAUCACUAUGAGUCCUGGACGUUUCUCCAUGAACAUCACAGAGGGCGACACCCUAUCACUGGCAUGUAGUGCAAAGGGAAACCCCGCCCCCUCCUACAAUUGGUUGCUCCCCCAAUCCGACCCUGCCCCCAACAUCACAGAAGGUAGAUCCGUAGUGACCAUCACCAACAUGGCCAAGUCUCACUCUGGAAAUUACACCUGCAUCGCCAGUAAUCCCCUGGGACACAGUACCUGGACUGUUAACGUGAAGGUCACAGGAGCUUCCUGUCAGGCUGCUGGGAGUGCCACGGUGGCUGUGCUGCUCCUCCAGCUCAUUCAUUGGCUGUAAGACCACUUCCUGAACCCACUGAUUGGCUGAAUACAUGUGCUUUUUUUUUUUUAUACAACUGUGAGUGGUGUCUGUCUGUCCACUUUCUGCUAACUAUUGAUGAAUUAUUUUAUUGAUUUAUUGAUUGAUAACCAUGCCUACAAUACUUUGAUAAUAUUACCUUUUUAACUUUAUGAUUUUUCCUUGUAUACAGUACCAGUCAAAUGUUUGGACCCACCUACACAUUCAAUGGUUUUUUCUUUAUUUGUACUAUUUUCUACAUUGUAGAUUGUGUGCACAGCCAUCAUCAAGGCAAAGGAUGGCUACUUUGAAGAAUCUAAAAUAUAUUUUGAUUUGUUUAACACUUUUUUGGUUACUACAUGAUUCCAUAUGUGUUAUUUCAUAGUUUUUAUGUCUUCACUAUUAUUCUACAAUGUAGAAAAUAGUACAAAAACCCUGGAAUGGGUAGGUGUCCAAACUUUUGACUGGUACUGUGUGUGUGUGUAUAAAUACAUAAUGGAUUUUGUUCAUUUUACAAUGUCAAUGCUUGCAUUUGAUUUCACUAUCUCUUAGUCAGCUAUAACACAUCAUACUUAAUUUCACAUUUCCUCAUUAAGUUAUGGUGUCAGAUAAAAUACAAUGAACUAGACUUUGUUAAUAUACAAAUGGUUGUAGGUCCAGGUGAGGAUUUUUUCUGCACUAGUGUGUCAAUAACAGGACAUCUUUGACUCUAGAUUACACCUACUAAACACCUAUUAAACAUACUUUACAUUGUUUGCGAGAUCAGACAUGAUAUCACUCUGAUCCGAGUGAUCAUUUUAGGCAGGUGCUUUCAUUUCAGCGCAACUCAUUUGUAAACAUUUAAACUAUAUUAAAAUGAUUUACUUUUUUAAAAAUUCCAUAAAAAAUGAACACCUCUCUUCA